GAUACUUUUGCUCGUUAUCUCUCACGUCUGUGGAACCUGAAUUCCUGAUUGCUGUUAUCUGAAUUGACUACGCUGUCAAGUGUUAACCUAAUGUAACUCAGUUUUGUUUUAGCAUUGAACGGUGAAGCUAUAACGAACUUAAAAUGCAAUUCGACGCUUCCGACCACCAACAUGUCCGCUACAAUCCCUUAAAAGAUGAGUGGAUACUGGUGUCUCCGCAUCGGUGCAAGAGGCCUUGGAGCGGACAGACCGAACCUCCUCCUGAACACCGAUCAGAUCCUGAUCCUGACAAUCCUUUAAAAGCAGGAGCCACCAGGGCUAAUGGACUGAAAAAUCCAAAUUAUACUUCUACUUACGUGUUUCCGAAUGAUUUCCCGGCAUUACUGGAGACGGUUCCGGAGCCACCGGCACCCGAUCACCCGCUCUUCGUCUCUACGCAGGCCAAAGGGACAUGCAGGGUAAUGUGUUUCCAUCCGGACUCAGCAAUGACUAUCUCGUUGAUGUCAGUACAAGAAAUACUUGCCGUUAUUGAAGAGUGGGUAUCACAGCUACGUGACCUCGGCGAUCGUUACCGGUGGGUGCAAAUAUUCGAAAACAAAGGCGCGGUUAUGGGAUGUUCCAACCCUCACCCGCACUGCCAGAUAUGGGCUUCAUCCUUCCUUCCCAAUGAGCCCGCCGUUAAAGACAGGUCGCAAAAACAAUAUUUUGAGAAAUAUGGUAGACCCAUGCUCGUAGACUAUGUUGAACAAGAAUUAAUUAAGAAGGAGCGUAUAGUACUACGGAACUUGGAAUGGGUGGUCGUAGUCCCGUAUUGGGCGGCUUGGCCUUACGAGACUCUGUUGCUACCUCUCAACGGCCAACCGCAACGACUCACUGACCUCACACCGAACCAAAAGCUUGCCCUAGCCGAAAUAAUGAAAUACCUUAACACCAAGUACGAUAACUUGUUCCGGUGCAGCUUUCCUUACAGUAUGGGAUGGCACGGAGCGCCGACGGGCGCGGCGUCGAAAGACGGUGACAGCCCCCACUGGCUCGUGCACGCCGUGUACUUACCCCCUUUGCUGCGAUCUGCCACCGUCCGCAAGUUCAUGGUGGGCUACGAGCUCCUGGCGCAAACGCAGCGGGACCUCACACCGGAGCAGGCCGCCACGGCGCUGGCGAGUUGCCCGCACGACCGCCACUAUACGAGUUUCCCGGGCAAGGGAAACAUGCUUGUGUCAAUUGACUAAAUUGUCUUUAAGUGCGACGAAUAAUUUUUUUCAUUUUCUUUUUCAUAGUUCCGUACGUGUCCCUAUCGCAGGAAUUCUAAUUUAAAUAUUAAAACUCAGCUUAUUCGCAAUAUUACAUAGUACCAAUUAAUAAUUAUAAAAUGUAUAAAUUCGUGUGUCGAAUGCCUGUCUGGCACGGCUGCUUAAAUCUAUAUACUAAAGAAUACAAUUAAUAUCUUAAACUGAGACCUAAAACUACACCCUGGUAGUUCCGACCUAGCCUAACCUAAUAUACUGCUAACUGCUCACUCACCGACCGUUUCCAGGACAAAAAUCCAGCUUCAUUUACCAGCUCUUUAAACUAUAUUGUUUGUUGUCCGUAACACUACUCAUAAUAUCGCUUAUAUCACUCAUAAUAAAUUCAGAUUAAUACGA